AUGCAGUGCGGCGAGUGCCAGGCGGGUUUCUACGGGAGCACGUGCGAGCCCUGCCCGCAAGGGGGUGACGAAGACCGCAACGCGCCGCGCCUCACGGACACCUGCGGCGUCGCGGGGAGCGGCCGGUCGCGCGGCUCCUGCGACGACGGUAGGGGCGGCACCGGGACGUGCGCGUGCUUCGGCGACGUCUUCUCGGGGAGCGGCUGCACGGAGGGGACGUGUCCAGCGGGGACCGUCGAGACCGCGACCUUCGACGGCUACUUCAACAUCGCAAACUGCACGUCGUGCGACGCGGGCACCUUCUCGGCCGAGGGCGACCCGCAGUGUACGAAGUGCGCCGCGGGCAAGUCCUCGGCCGCGGGCGCGAGCGAGUGCGCCAGCUGCUCCGCGGGGUCGUAUUCUGCUCCGGGCGCGAGCGAGUGCAUCGACUGCGAGGCCGGGACGUACCAGGACUUGACGGGUCAAUCGAGCUGCAAGCUCGCGGACGCCGGCUUCUUCUACAGCGGCUCCGGCGCGGACGAGUGCAUCGACUGCGAGGCCGGGACGUACCAGGACGCGACGGGCCAGUCGAGCUGCAAGCUCGCGGACGGCGGGUCCUUCGUCGACGCGAUGGGCGCCUCGGAGCAACGCGAAUGCCCCGCGGGCUCAUUCUCCGGCUCCGCUUCGGGCAAGUGCGACGACUGCGCGGCCGGCACGUUCCAGGUGUUGACGGGUCACUCAGAGUGCGCGACGUGCGAGGUCGGCACCUACAGCACCGAGGGCAGCGACACGUGCACGCUGUGCCCGAGCGGGUACUCGAGCGACGCCGAGGGCGCGAGCGAGUGCGAGGCGUGUCCGGUCGGCACCUACAGCACCGAGGGCAGCGACACGUGCACGCUGUGCCCGAGCGGGUACUCGAGCGACGCCGAGGGCGCGAGCGAGUGCGAGGCGUGUCCGGUCGGCAAGUACAAGGGCGCCGGCUCGGGACCCAAGUGCGAGCAGUGUCAGCCCGGCACCUACGCGUCCGAUGCCGGGUCUACGACGUGCGAUCUCUGCGAAGCGGGCACGUUCGCCGAGGAGAGCGGCAAGAGCGCCGACUGCACGCCGUGUUCGCGCGGGACGUACUCGGACGCUCUCGGUCAGACAAGCUGCAAGCUCGCGUCGCCCGGCACGUUCGUGCCCGUCGAGGGCGCCUCGGCCGCGACGCCGUGUCCCGUCGGGACGACGUCGGGUGCUGCGGCGUCAUCUUGCGCACAGUGUCCGCUCGGCUACUACAGCAAUCUCACCGGCCAGUCCUCGUGUCAGCUCUGCGAGACGCCGACGACUACGCUCGAAGAGGGCAAGACGUAUUGCGACGCGUGCCGCGAG